GUCUUCAAACUGAUGUCUAGGCCUUCGUCUUCUCUUUCUCUGUUCCCUCCGGAUCAAGGCAUUCCUUUCCUUCCUGGCAACUCCUUCUCCGACCCCAACCGUACAAACUUUCGCAAGUCACACAUCUUCGAUUACCGCAGUGGGACGCCCAUUCAGCACGAUGUUCCUAUCCGCGAUGAUGGAGCCCCAGCGUCGCCGUCCAGACCUCCGAGCGUGGUUCCAUCACAAGUUUCGAACUAUCGGUCGAUCUCAGCUGAAAACUCAUCAGAGUUCAUUCCGGCAUUCGCUGGUCUUGACGGGAAGGUUUUGAGGUUCGAAGCGUUCAUCACCGAACAAGUGCCAGAGAACUUGUCGGAGCCUUCAAGGGUCAGGAAAUUCACGAUCUUGUAUCAUCUUGUGGACGACUCCAUCCAGAUCAACGAACAUAGACAGCAGAACAGCGGGUAUGCUCAAGGAGUGUUCAUGAAGCGACACAGAGUCCCGAAGCAAGAGUUGGGCAGCCAGGAGUUUGUUACGCUCUUCGACUUUGCGAGUACGACUGUGAUCAAUAUAUACAACAGAGAGUUUCACCUGACCUCCUGCAAUCACUUCACUCAAAAUUUUUUUGAGGCAAAUGGUUUGAAUUUGGAGUUUGAGUCUAUCAUUCCAGAAGACAAAUACAUGUCGCAACGGGCGUUGUCUGAAUCCAAGAUGAAUCGAGGAGCAGCUAGCCCCAUGACAACUAGCUCGUACAAUGAAAUACUCGACAACAAAUCAGAAGACACAUAUCGGGUUGAAUCCUCUAUUGCAACCUUGACUACAGCCCAGAAGAGAGAUAUGCGAGAGAAGUUCUUGAAAUAUGCCAACAAGGUUCUACGAUUCUAUGCGCAAUGGGAUGACAGAUCCAGCAUGUUCGGACAGAAGUUAGAGUAUAUCAUCAACUAUUUUCUGCAGGACGACAAGAUAGAGGUUUUGGAAGUGAAGCAGCAAAACUCCGGAAGAGAUCCCUUCCCAAAACUAGUGAAGAAACAGCGCGUUCCGCGUGUUUUUCGAGGCGUCCCUUCAGUGGGAAGUAAAGAAGAAGAUUUCGAAGAUGAGUAUAUCAGCGACAAAGACCUCAUCGUAGGAAACACGAUUGAGAUCUUUGGGAGAGACAUGUUCUUGUACGACUGUGACAGCUUCACGAGGGAAUACUAUUUGCAUCAGUAUGGAGUCGAGCAGCCAGCAAAUCAGGUGGAGCCGGAAACUCACGUAGAGUUCCCCAGCAUGCCACUCCCGCCCUACAACGGGUUCGGCAGCGAGCACGAUUCCCUUGCAUCCUACUUCAACCUGAUACCCAAACCGAGGAAGUAUGAUCGGACCAAACAAGCUGCGCUAGACUCCAUCAUCUUCAGGUGGAAGGCCAAAUUUGACAUAGAGAAAAUGAGCAUGGUGAACCCUGACGAUCACAAGCGUCGAUUUGUGAUCUCCUACUUCAUGGGAGAUGGCUCCCUCUCCAUCUACGAGCCUCCCAUCCAGAACUCUGGGUUUGUUGGAGGAAAGUUUCUAGAACGGCAGCGGGUGAUUCGCCACAAAGCGAAGUUUGGCGACUGGAUGACAGAGCAAGAUCUCUUGAUCGAACUGCCAGGAACAGUUUGGAUCAACAAUUAUCCCUUCAGCUUGCUGGAGACAGACAAGUUCACUCUGCGAUACAUUCACAAGGGCAAGCUGGACAACAUUGUCAGUAUCGAUCUCAUCCACCAGAAGAUGCGGAAUAAAGUCCAAGGCAUGUCCAGGGAGAUCAUGAAUGUUUUCAGGUUGAUCGACGAAGAGCAGAGCGGCGCUGUCUCUCUCGACGAUUUGGUGAACGUUAUCCGCAAGUUCAACUUCGAGUUGGAUGAAGACGAGAUAAUCGCACUCAUGGGCAGGUGGGAUCAGCAGAAGAACGGCUUCAUCUUCUACGAAGAUUUCGUUCGGACAAUCUUCGAGUGAGAAAGGCUCAGCCUUGUAUGAUUCCAGCAUAGCAAACAUACUGACCCAUCAAAUCUUUGUAUAUAAAAUUCCAAAGAUUUCA